AUGGUACAACACCACCCCGGCGCCUUCAUCUCCAAAGCAAACCUUGACACCACCGAUGUCCCCUGGGCGCUAACAACACACCUCCUCUCCGUAUCGAUCCCACAAUUCAAACGCACAACCACCGCACCCUUCCUCGCACGCGCAGCAACCGGGCAACUCCCCAAGGCGCUCAUUGCACAAUGGCUUGCCAACGAUCGCCUGUACAUCCAGGGCUACAUCUCGCUCGCCGAGAGCCUCGUGCGCAUCGUCAAGCUGACAAGCUCGGCAGCGACACAAGCCAACGUUGAGUCGAUCGAGGCCAGGUUGCUCCUUUGGUUAGAUGCGGCGAUUGAGAAUGUAAAGAGGGAGUUUGAGUGGUUCGACGAGAUGACCAAGUCCUACAAUCUUGUCGCACCCACACCCUCGUCAAGCCAAAAGAGUCUAGGCGUCCAGCGAUUCGAAGCCCUCUUCACACAACUCUCGUCACAGACUCCUAACGCCUUCCUCCCCUGGCUCGAAGGCGCGGUGUGCCUUUUCUCCACCGAAAAGGUGUACUACGAAGCCUGGAGCUGGGCGCGGAAGCAGGAUCGUCGUCGGUCUGCAUCAUCCAUGCCCGGUCAGGAUUACUCGAAGGAUUUAGACGGCGGCGCGAUGAGGAAGGAGUUCAUUCCCAAUUGGUCGAAUAAGAACUUCAUGAUGUUCGUCGAAACACUCGAACGUAUCAUCAACGAAGGUGUCAGCCAGGCUGUGGCCAGCGAUGACAAGAGGUGGCAGGAGGUUGAGGCGAGGGCGGAUGCGGUGUGGCAGGCUACGCUGGAUGCGGAGGAGGCGUUUUGGCCGGAUGUUGAUGGC